AUUUUCAGUGUGUUUUUAAAAUUAUAAAACUAAACAUAAACAAAAUUUUCAAGAAUUAUUAAAAAAAUAAUAAAUUAACUGCAAAUUUUAGCUAUGGCUUAUAAUUUUAGUGCAAAUCAGUUUGAUUCCGUUUAUAAACCCAAAGGUUUAAAUAAUUGGGAAUUGCCCAAAUGGUAUCCGCCCAGACCACGUCAACGCAAAGGUUCCACUAAAAUAAUAGCCAAUGAUGGAGGCCAUUUAUUGGAUGCUACAAAAAAAAAUGAUCAAAAUCCUUGGGGAAAUUUUCGCAAUACUUAUCAAUUGCCGGAUAAAAUAAAUCGCAAAUUUGUGGAAAAUUAUAAUAAAUGUUUGGUAAAGAAAGAUAAAUGGUCUAAUUUUGCUCGGGACACUAAUAGCUGUGAUAUUGAUAAUAAUGAUGAUUUUGGUAUAUCAGGCAAAGGUUUAACAUGUCCCACGAAAUGCGAAACAACUCAAGAGAUUUUAAGUUUUGAUGCAAAUCGUAAUAAACGUUUGCUUUCAGGUGGAAAUAAGGAGCCUUUAGAUUUGGAAUAUAUACCCGGCGAUUUUACGGAUUAUAAACAACAACAUCCCACAAGAGAUUUCUUAUUAGAAGACAAAUAUAAACGAGAUCGUAAUAUAGAAACAGAUUUGAAAUUAAAUAAAAACUAUUUAGGCGAUCAUGGGUGUAAACUGGGAGAAUGUGAACCGCCGCCCAUAAAACUAACACCUUUACUGCCACAAACAUCAGCUUUGGUGACUUCAGAUUUAUCACCCAAAUUAAGAGAUUUAGAUUUAUCCGAUAAAUAUAAUUUUGAAACAAACGACGAUUAUUUGAGCAAGGAUACAAACAAAAUGUUUGGUUCUCAUUCCAUUACCGAAAAGCCAAAUGAACGUUGCCCUUCGCCGGUGGUGCCAGCAUAUGCCAACUUUGAAUUGGCCAAACGUAUGCACUCAAAUAAUCUAGAUCACCAACCUUUGCCUGAUUGUGUGGCCGAUUUGGCAUUUCGUAAGCUGCAGAUUACUGGUGCUAACCCGGGUUUGGCCUUGGACAUAGAACCUAUAGCUACAGGUGUAGGGGUUAAAACACACAAUGCUGGUCCCACGCAUUGCACUAAAAUGAAAGUUUAUCGUCCUAAAACUAGUGGAGUAGUGCCUCGAGCCUAUAAUGGUAAUAAUACUAGAUCUUAUUCGGCCACUCCUGCGGAUAAGAAAAUGGGAGCUAUGGAUUUGGCCAUUUGCUGGGAUUAUAAACCACCUUAUGAACCAGCUAGACCUAAGCAUAUAGACGGCUCUAAUGACUCUGCUGGACCAGCUGUGUUUACUUAUGUAAAAACUCCUCGCGAUGAUGCCGCCUUAUUAAAUACCGGUCGUUCUGCCGGGGUCUUUACUAAUACUCUAGGAGAAACUGGUUUCUUUGAUAAAGAUAUUUUAAGACGUAAGACUGAUUUUGCGGGUAGAAAAAUAGCUACAGAUGAUUUUACAGCAGAUAUUGAUAACUGUCCAACUUUUCCACGAGCCCGCAGUGUUUCCCGGGACAGUAGUGCGUGUCAUAGAUUACCUCAAACACGUUUCUCUAAACAAUAUAAAUCAACACCUGAUAUAAUGGCAGACCAUGAAUACAAAUCUUUAAGACAGAAAUAUCUGGGAGCCGAUUGUGAAUUUCCCAUGACGACUGGAGAAACAGGUUGCAAGCGUUCAGGCUUUUUAAGAAAAGCUCGCUCCAGAUUGUGCCAUAAAAUAGCGCCGGAAAUGGAUUUCUGUACCCGUACCUGCCCACCUCAGAGAAUGAAUUGCAGUAAGGCCGCAUUUCGUGCCGGAGUACCCAGAUAUAAUGCCGCCGGUAAUUUUAUUAGUUCCGACAGUGGCUGCAGCAUGGGCAGCAAUCAUUCCCAAAGAGUUUUGGUGGUGCCCAGACCGCGUAACCCCUACUCCAAGCGUAACUAUGACAUUGAUACUCUAGUGCCACCAUUUCGUAGUUAUGCAGGAGGUGCCGGGGAGGGAGGUUAUCCCGAACAUUGGCGUUUAGCUAGUGUUUACCAACAUGCUUACAAACCUCUAGAAUGUCGCAGAAAACCUUUAUUGCAAACAGUUUACAAGUAA